CGACUACCCAUUCUUGAGAAAAAGGAUUUUGAACCACUGUACAGACAGACAGAUCUGUAGAUGGACAACAGUGUGAUCCUAUAUGGGUUCCUUUCUUACCGAUAGAGGUAUGGUACACUAAAAAGUGACACAGCAGGAGGCAGAUCCUGCCUUUGUUUCAACUGGGAUGCCAUUUAUACUGCAACCGCAGUCCUGGUUUCUACAUUGGUGGUCUCGUAUGGUAUUUUUGACAGUGCUUGCAGUAUCUUUUAUCUAUCCCUUCUACACAAGUGUGGCUGGUGGAAUACCUUCAUCACUUGCACCUUUUACCAUGUUUGUAAAUGUAAUAUACGUUUUAGACCUAUUUCUGCUCCUCAUCACAGCUACUCAUGAUGGCAAAGGUACCACUGACAUCCUAUUUUCCAUAUUUUCACUCACUACUUUCCUAUGGCAUAAUAUAUUGAGCAAUGUAGGGUUUGCAAAAACAGUGUCAGAGAUAGCAGCUGUAAAAUUUUCUGAAAGUGGUUUUAUAUUAGAUAUAAUUGCCACAGUACCAUUAGAGCUCUUUGUUAGAGCUGUUUUUUCUGGUAAAAAUAAAAGACUGGAAGAUAUUGUAAUGUUAAACAGAGUGAUAAAGUUAAAAGAGGUACUUCGGCAGCUAAGCCAGAUGGAGGAAAAAUUUAAUGUAAAUGUUACACUGCUGAGAUUGUUUAAAUAUCUUCUCCUUUUAUUUUUUGGGUCUCUUUGGUUGGGAGCAUGUCUUUAUAUGAUAGCAUGUGGAGAUGAGUAAGUCCAAAAAAGAAAACAGUUACAUUUUACUCACAUGCAAAUA